AUGGCGUUGGAUGAUUUGAAGGACAAAGGGCCUCGGGAUCUCGUCGCGUACAACAUCCCCCGCUGCAUUGUGGGAGAAAAGAGCCCGCCAGAGGCAAUAGAGGUGCCCACCUCCCACAUAUACUCCCAGAGAGAGGUGGAGCUGGGGGUCCCCAACACACUCAUCUGCCAGGUCAGUGAUUUCCACUCAACACCCGUGGAUGUGACUUGGACCAGGAACGAGCUGCCGGUGGGAGAGAGGACUGUCAUUCAGACCCAGUACUACUCCAAUAAAGACAUCAGCUUCAGGAUCUUCUCCUACCUGAGCAUCACACCUCAGGAGGGGGACAUCUACUCCUGUAGUGUAGGUCACGUCAGCCUGCAGGAACCCCUCACCAGGAUCUGGGAGGUUGAAGUGGACACAGAUCACCAGACUGUAGAGACAGCAGUAUGUGUCGGAGGUGUGACUCUAGGAGUAUUGGGAGUAGCAACAGGAGUGUGGUUUAUUAAAAAAGCCAAGAGGUCUGGUUGGGCCUUAAGAACAUAGGCAACAAUCAGCUCUCAGCGAUACAGCAAGGGCUCCAUGCACCAAUACCAAGGACAAUGAUCAUAUUCAGCAACCAACAACUACGCUGGCAACCAAUAUAAUGCAGUUCACUAUUUCCUACAUUUGAUUCAUAAUCUUAAUAAAAUACUCCUUAAUUGCU